CAAAACCAAAGCGUGGCCGUGAGGGCGGCGCGAGGCGCAGCGACAGCAUCGCGACACCGGCACCUCGCCGUGACACCGCCCCACAACGCGGCGCCGCCGUCCCACGGCGGAAUGUCGCCAUCCCGACACGCAGUGACCCCCUGCCGCACAGCCUGGAGCCGCGUGCUGAGUCACGGUGCUGCUGUGGCUGUUCGUGGAGCUGCUGUGCUGUUGUGGCUGCACUGUGGCUGUUCUGUAGAGCUGCUGUGCUGUUGUGGCUGCACUGUGGCUGUUCUGUAGAGCUGCUGUGCUGCUAUGGCUGCACUGUGGCUGUUCUGUAGAGCUGCUGUGCUGUGGUACCUCUGUACUCCAGCUGCCCCAUGGUGCAGCACGGUGGUCCCAAUGCUACUCCUUGCCCCCCCGGGAGCAAUGGGUGUUGUCACCCAGCUGUGGCUCUUUCCCCUAUCAGUGCUUCAUGCAGUACAUUCACUAAUAGUGAAACACCCAGGCGUUUUCACUUUGGGGCAGCGCGGGGUUUUCUGGGAAAGCACAGGAAGCGGCGGCUGAGGGCGGGCCGGGGGGCUUCCUGUUCUGUUGCAGACAGCAGCAAAACCAUGGAGGCCACCGUGCCCCCAAUGUCAGCUCCGCUCUGCCUGGUGCACAACCAGGACUGCAAGCUGUCCCUCAACCCCGCAGCGCUGGCAGUUCUGCGCGGCACCACUCAGCCAGUGGUGGUGGUGGCCAUCAUUGGGCUUCCUAGAACUGGGAAGUCCUUCCUGAUGAAGCGGAUGGCACAGAAGUGCACCAGCUCCCCACUGGGCAGUGCGGUGCAGAAGCAAACAGAGGGCAUUUGGAUGUGGUGUCUGCCGCACCCGUGCAAACCUGGUGUGACGCUGGUGCUGCUGGACACCGAGGGGCUGGGAAACCCCUGCAGUGAUGACAUCCACAACAACACCUGGAUCUUCACGUUGGCGCUGCUGCUUUCCAGCACCCUGGUUUACAACAGCAUGCGCACCGACAUCCUCACGAUGCUGGAGGGCUUGAGUUUGCUGACAGAUCUGAAGAAUUACGUGCGUGUGCGAGCGCAGGCGGACGGCACAGAGUGGCCAGAAGAUGAGUUUGCCCGUGUCUUCCCUGACUUUGUCUGGGUCGUGCGUGACUUCAAGCCGCAGGAGGGCGAGCGGCCCUUCAUCGUGGAUCAGAUACUGCUCCCAUGGAACAGGCUCAUUCUACAAAAGGAGAAAAUCAAGGUGCAGAUCUGCCUACGCAACUUCUUCCCCCACCACAAGACAUUCGUGCUGGAGCGGCCAGCAGCCAACAGGGACCUGGCACAGCUGGAGCUGCUGCAGGAGGAUCAGCUACGGCCACGCUUCAGACAACAGGAGGAGGCCUUCUGCCGGCACAUCUGGAAAGAGGCGCCAGUGAAGGUGCUGCUGAACAGCAGCCCGGUGACAGGCAGAACGCUGGUGCGCCUGGUGGAGGCUUACAUGGCAGCCAUCAGCACCGGCUCCGUGCUCUGUGUGGAGAGCGUGCACACGGCGGUGACAGAAGCUGAGCACAAGGCGGCGGUGGAGGCGGCGGUGGCCAAAUACCAGCGGGGCAUGGAGCAGGACCUGGUGCUGCCCACGGCUUCGCUCGACGCGCUGAUGGCCGCGCACCAGGACUGGAAGAAACGCGCCAUCGCCUUCUUCCUGUCCCAAGCCCUUGACGGCACCGAGCAGCAUGACCAGGCACUGCUGAUGGACAAACUGGAGGCGGCCAAGGAGGAGUUCUGCCGGCGCAACGAGGCAGCGUCGCAGCAGCGAUGCCAGGCGGUGCUGAGGGAGCUGUGGGGGGACAUGGAGCUCCGCGUGCAGCGUGGGGACUACGUGGCACCGGGGGGGAUACGGCUGUUCCAGAAGGACCUGAAGUGUAUGCAGGAGGAGUACAAGAGGAGGCCCGACAAGGGCAUCAAGGAGGAGGAGGUGCUGGAGAAGUUCCUGCGAGUGAAGGGACUGGAGAUGAUCGAGAUGUGGCUGGAAGGGGUGGACCGGCAGUGUAAGGAGGUGCUGGCUGAGGCGAGAGCUGCAACGCAGGCUGUGGAGAAGCAGGUGGAGGAGCACAAGCAGAAGAUGGUGCAGUUGACCAAGAUGUGGGUCGUCAAGGAGAUGCUGGAGCUGCGGGUCCACAGUUUGGAGGAGCAGCAGAAAGAAACGUUGGCUGAGGUGUCUGCAGCCAAGAAGGCGGUGGAGAAGCAGCUGGAGGAGCAGCAGCAGCAGCAGAAAGUGAUGUUGGCUGAGGUGACAGCAGUCAUGAAGGCUGUGGAGAAGCAGCUGGAAGAGCGCUGGCAGCAGUGGGCGCAGCAGCUGCAGGAGGAGCAGAGCCUCGUGCUGUCUCAACGCCUGGAGGAGCUGGAGGUUCGGCUGCAGGAAGGUGGAGCUGAGGCGGCAGCGCUGCAGCAGGUGGAGCUGAUGCAGGAGGAGGAGCAGGCAGUGCCUUCCUGGCGCUCCACGCUCUUGAAAUUCCUGGACAAAGUGGUCGUGCCCAUCCUGAUCAGAGUCGUCAACAGUGUGGUGAACAACGCCGCCUAAAUGGACUCCUGUAAGCCGUGGAGCGGCCCCCCACCCGCUGCUGCCGCAGUAAAUCCAGUGGUGCUGCACAGAAGUUGUCAUUUUGGGGCAGCGCAGGGCGCUCUGGGGCAGCACAGAUAGCAGGGGGUUGGGGGGGGGGGAUUGGACAUGGUGAUGAUUGUGGAAUGGUGACAACAGUGACAUGGUGACAGUGGUGACAAUUGUUGUGUGAUAACGGCAGUGACACAAAGGCUCCGCCCCCCCCCUGGGAUCAGUAAGGGGUGAGGGGUGGGGGUACCUCAGGCCACGCUCCUAUGGGAUGGUUGGAGAGGAUCCAUCCCCCAUGGGAUAACAUGGGGAAAACGUGGGGGUGCAGGGGGACGUGGAGGAGGAACGCAUGGACACGAUGAGAGUUCCUUGGGGACAGAGUGGGGAGGGGAGGAGCACAGGGACCUUUGGGGACACUGCGACACUGACCUGAGGGACCCAAGGGGGCUGUGAUACCAUCCCCAGACUGCCCCAGAACGGUCCCAAAAUGUCAACUAUCUGUCAGCCGUUACACCAGCGACCUUCUGGGUCUCCAGGGCACGCUGCUGGCUCCCUGUUGGCCACCAGGUCCCCAAGGGUCUCCACAGAGCUCCUUUCCAGCAGCUCAGCCCGACCCGCGCUGAUGAUGGGGUCGUUCUUCCCCACAUGCUGGGCUUUACAGCUGCCCACGUUGAACCUCGCCGGGUUCCUCCCUGCCUGCCCAGCUCCCCCGAGUGGCAGCACGGCGCUCUGCUGCGUCAGCCGCUGCUCCCUGCUUCGGGCCAUCGGCAGACUUACAGGGGGUGGAUUCCUUCCCUUCCUCUGGGGCACUCAUGAAGAUGUUGAACAAGAGACCCAGCACGACCUGAGGAGGUUCUGCCAGUUUGGCUCCGUUUUUGCUGGUGGUGGCAUUCGAGUUGCUCACAGUGGUGCUCAGGAUGCUGGCUGCAGAGUCCCGGCUGCUGGUGGCAGCACUGAGGAUGGGGACGCGCUGAUGGGACAUCCCAAACUUAGGGGUUAUUUUAUA